CCCUCGGGCCCGAGGCCCCGCCCCCUCGGCGUCCGGGCCCGCUGGCGGCGUCGGUGUCGAAGAGAGGUCGAUUGAGAUGUGGUGGUUCCAGCAAGGCCUCAGUUUCCUCCCUUCGGCCCUGGUUAUUUGGACGGCCGCUGCUUUCAUCUUUUCCUACAUUACGGCCAUCACGCUGCACCACGUUGACCCCGCGUUGCCCUACAUCAGUGACACGGGAACAGUGGCUCCGGAAAAAUGUCUGUUUGGGGCAAUGUUAAAUAUUGCCGCUGUCUUAGCCUCACCACCGGCGUCGAUUGUCUUCCCAGGAAUGGCCACUAUGUAUGUGCGCUAUAAGCAAGUCGACGCCCUGAUUCCCGAGGACACCCAGAUCACCAGGAUAAACAAAGUUGGCCUUGGACUCGGCCUCCUGAGUUGCCUAGGACUUUCCGUCGUGGCCAACUUCCAGAAAACGACCCUCUUCCUCGUGCACAUAACGGGCGCGGUGCUGACGUUCGGCCCGGGAGCCCUCUACAUCUUCACACAGACGAUCUUGUCCUAUAAAAUGCAACCGAAAAUUCACGGCCGACACAUCUUCUGGAUCAGGCUGAUCGUGGUGAUCUGGUGCGGAGUAAGUGCGUUUAGCAUGCUGACCUGCUCAUCCAUUUUGUACAGUGGCCAUUUUGGCCCAGAUCUAGUACAGAAGCUCCACUGGACCCCUCAGGACCAAGGCUAUGUGCUUCACAUGAUCACCACUGCGGCGGAAUGGUCCAUGUCCUUAUCCUUCUUUAGUUUUUUCCUGACUUAUAUUCGAGAUUUUCAGAAAAUUUCCUUACACGUGGAGGCCAAUAUAGAAGGUCUGACUCUCUAUGAUGCUGCCCCUUGCCAUAUUAACAGUGAACGGACACUGUUGAUCUCCAGGGAAUUCUGACGAAGCGAGAACCUAUUUUGGUGAAGAAUCUGAAACACUGGAGAAUCGGGGCAUUUUUCUUGCAACGCUACUUACUGUGCACAGACAUUCUAACCAAUUAAUCAAACCAUAUAAAUGGCACUAUGUUGAACAUUAAUAAUAUUAAUCAGGAGCUAUGUAUAGAGUCACUCAUGAUUUUUAAAUAUUAUCAGGAGAAGCAUAUAGAGUAUUUUAAAUUGUAUAACUUUUUUAUCUUAGAAAAUAAAGCCAAAGAAACAGAAUU